AUGGAUGUGGCUUACCACCUGGGCUCUGUCUUCCUCAGUCUCCCCAGAGCGGACCAGAAGCCCCUUCUGAGCCCAUGGCGGAGCCAGUGGUGCAGCCUGUUGAGCAGGAGAACCUGGAAGAACCUGGAAGUCCUCUGUGCCCAGCCCAGGUCUGUGGGGAGCUGGGCACAGAGGUGGCAGGAGGGCUGGAGAAAUUCUUUCCCUGCUGGGAGGAGACCGAACCCCCAGCCAGUGCCCCAGGGUGUGGGAGGACCCAAGCUCUUGGGCUGCCAGCCGCGUGUCACUUUGGUCACCAUGACACCUUCUCGGCCAAAGCCAUCUUCUUCAGAGUCAAAGCAGGAUCUGCAACCAGAACCCACGGUCAAGUUCCUGUUUACACUCCUGAGCUCGGUGGAGCCCUCUGAGCCCAAAGACCCUCAAGCGGAAUUCGAGGCCCUGGAGAGCCGGUUCCUGGAUGAGGAAGACUGGGGCAGCCGGCAAACCUCGAAGGAAAUUAACCACUUGCAGAAUGCUUGCAUGGGACUCCAGGAGUCCAUGAGCACUAUUCAAGCAGACAAUGUGGCCCUGAAGGAGAAGCUGCAAAACCUGCCCAACUUGGUGUACAACAUCCUAGUGGAGGAACUGAAGGCUGCCCAGGAGGAAGACCAGGUUGCCCAGGAGGAGGAGGAGGCCAGCCACGAAACAUGGCUGUUCCAGGUGGCCAGGCAGCCCCACGGCGAGUGGUGAGGGGGGCACACCUCUCUCCCCUUGCCAGCAACAGCCCAGCGUCCAGAGGAGCCCUGCCCCCUUGUGGCCUGCUGCUGCCCAUGACCACAGAAACCAACGUCAGCCUAGAACAGCCCGAGGCCAGAGAUGGGCACCUCCUCAGGAAGCCACUCCGACAGCAAUAAACUUCCCUAGAGCUGAGCGAGGCCCCCGCGUGUCUUUGAGACCCUGCAAAGCAGGUGGAGCGGGAAGCCACUGGCUCCAAACUGAGCGUGGUUCCUGGAAGCCCUCUGCUGUCUCCCACGUGGUUUGCUGUUGCUGAGCUUCCCCCAACCCUGAGAGGUUCCAGGUCUGGUCCGCGUCAGCCUCAAGGUCCAUGUACAGCGAUAAGCACGGGGGCGGGACCGGAAGGGGCCACACCCCUUCCGAGGAGGAUGGAGGUACCAGGUCUAACUCCAAAGGGCAGAUGUUCUAGGGAGGGGCAAGAAGAACCAUUCCCCACCUUGUGACCCCCCCUGUGUCAGUCAUGUGAUGGGGCGGGGGCAGAUAGUAAGAGCUUCCCCAGGGCCCAGCACUGUCAGGCUGGAGUUGCAUCUGGAAUUUGACUCCCCACUCCCCCCCAGCCUUCACCUCCAGCCAGGGCUUUCCCUCCCACAAGACCUCCCUCCCUCCAUCUUAGGCUCUCCUUGGCCCGGGCCACCGUGCUGGCCCCUCACCCGCCGCGGACUGGCUUCCUGAGCUUCCAGCGGUGGUCACUGGGUCCUGGCCACCCAGAGGCCUUCAGGGCUUGUGUCCACCAGCCUUGCUGCCCUCAGCCUGUCUAGUCCUAGGGAGCCUUUCCUUCUAGUCCCAUG